GAGUCGUUUGGUCAGUGCGGUUCAGUAUGUCGGUGUCGGUGUGAUCGUGAGAGAGAAGGGAAGGGCAGGUUAGCGGUUCUGCUGGACCCGCAGUGACACACGGACGUAAACGUGAAGAUGAACAUGAGGAUGAAGAUGAAGUCGGAGCGCCUGUGGAUCCUAAUGGCUGUACUGACCGCAUGGUACCAGCUUGGCACUUGUGCCACAUACGGCUGUUUGUUUGAUGUUGGUCUUUGCUCAACUGGACAGAUCUGCUGGGAUGAUGAAUUGUUUGGUCAGUGCCUGACCCAGCAGCAGGAGAGAUUUCGCUACAGGGUGACUGCAGACUUGCUGGACAGAUUACAAUCUGUUUUACAAGUUCUCAUGAAAAAAGGACUGACAUGGCAGGAUGAACUUACCCAGUCAAUAAUUGACAAGGAACUUCGCAUGGUUGCCAAGAUCCCACUGCCAUCUGGACCGAAGAACAAACCCACGCCUGAAUCUAAUGGAGGUCAGUCAGACCAGUUAAACCCCAAACUGCAGCACUACAUGGACUACAUGAUCGUCGAUCCUCCCCAGUCCUCCCUGCACAUGCAAAGCAUGGAACCUUAUACUUACCCAAAGUACGGUUACCAGGAUGAAGAGGAACGUUCUUUAAACCUGGUGGAAGGAAACAUGUACCCCUCAUCCUCCUCUCAAUCCAGGGUAUCCAAACAUCGGCCUCAACCUUUGGAUAAGGACACGCAGCUACUUCAGGAUCUGAUGGCUCUGCUCUUGACUUCUUCAGAACAGCCCACCUCACGCCACCAGGUGGCGACACCCCUCUCCAGCUCUCCUUUCUUUCAGGAUCUGGACUUCCCAGUGGAUUACAGGAAGGACUAUGUGUCCGAAGGCCUGGGUGCCAGCAACCAGGAGCAGAAAAAGAAAUCCCAGAAGCAGUCUAAGCAUGAUGAGGACCCCACUCAGCAGAAUCUGCAUGAGCUGCUACUGCAGCAUGGCUUUGAUCUGAAUCAUCUGAACCCCGGCGACAUGGGGCGUCUUUUCACUGUCUUGGAUCUCCUGCAGAAUGAACCCACAGUUACACACGAUCAGGACCAUAAUGUAGAUUCAUCUGGCCCACAGAAACUGAUUAAGUUUACUGAGGGGGAGAUGAAACACACGAUGCAAAAGGGUCCAGGUCAGGUCAUCUCCUCUUCCUCUUCUGCUCAAGAUGGCCACAAGACGGUUGGGUCAUUACAGAUCAAUGAUAUUAAAGAUGGAUACAAUGCAGUUCUUCCUCCUGCCUUAAUAAAACAGGAUAAAGGGUGGAAAGAAGUUCCCAGUGCUGCACAAGUAAAGAAUCAAACCAAAUACAAAGAAGACUAUGGAUAUAUCGUAACAAACAAGAGCAUGGUAGGUCCAGCUCUCACAUUCCAAGUGCGCCCAAGCAGCCAGAAUCUGACAGCUGGGGAAGUGGCGAAUAAGGCUGUGGCUGAGAAGAAUAUUCUAGCAUCUGAAACAGGACUGAAUGUACUUCAGGCAAGUGUUGGAGAGAAAAAUGACGGGCUGCCAGUGGCAACACGAGUGCAGAAAAGCAGCCGCUGGGUUUUGCUUACAUUUGUGGGCGUGCUGUGUGUGGGCGGGCUUUUAGUCGGCUCGUUGACUGUCGCCUGUUUACGUAGCCAUGCUCGCCAGGUUGCCUCCAGGAAGCUGGGAUUGGGACCGGAGGCGGGAAGUGGCACGCAAUAUGCAUACCAGGAUCUGUGUAGGCAGCACAUGGCUGCUAAGUCAUCCUCAGCAAGGCAAGAGGCAGGGGUGGCAACUGGAGCAGGGGGAGCCGGAGGAGGUGCGGUGGGAGUUGCCGGAGCGGAAACGUCGCGGGUCAGCAGCGUAUCAUCUCAGUUUAGCGACGCCCCUCAGGCCAGCCCCAGUUCUCACAGCAGCACGCCCUCCUGGUGCGAGGAACCUGCACAGUCCAACAUGGACAUUUCCACUGGCCAUAUGAUACUGGCAUACAUGGAGGACCAUGUGAAGAAUAGGGACCGCUUGCUGAAGGAGUGGGAGGCAUUGUGCUCCUACCAGGCAGAACCCAGCACCGUGUCCGUGGCUCAGAGUGAAAGCAACAUAAAGAAGAACCGCUGCCCUGACGCUGUGCCAUACGAUCACUCCAGGGUUAAACUAAAGGCUGAGGUUAAUCCCUCAAGAGCUGACUACAUCAACGCCAGCACUAUAAUUGAGCACGACCCCAGAAUGCCUGCAUACAUUGCUACCCAAGGACCACUUUCACAUACCAUUUCUGACUUUUGGCAGAUGGUCUGGGAGAACGGAUGCACUGUAAUUGUGAUGAUGACUGCACUUGUCGAGGAUGGGGAGAAGCAAUGUGAUCGUUACUGGCCUGAUGAGGGAUCUUCACUUUACCACAUCUAUGAGGUGAACCUUGUGUCAGAACACAUCUGGUGCAAUGACUUUCUGGUGCGGAGCUUCUACCUGAAGAACGUGCAGACGCAGGAGACACGCACUCUCACUCAGUUUCACUUCCUGAGCUGGCCUGCACAAGGUAUACCGACCUCAACUCGCCCUCUGCUGGACUUCCGCAGAAAAGUGAAUAAAUGCUACCGCGGACGGUCCUGCCCCAUCAUUGUCCACUGCAGUGAUGGCACAGGACGGACUGGAACCUACAUCUUGAUCGACAUGGUGUUAAACCGCAUGGCUAAAGGGGUAAAGGAGAUUGAUAUUGCUGCAACCCUGGAGCACAUCCGUGACCAGAGACCAGGAAUGGUGCGCACAAAGGAUCAGUUUGAGUUUGCUCUGACUGCUGUAGCUGAAGAGGUCAAUGCAAUUCUCAAAGCUCUACCCCAGUGAAACCAGCCACCGAUACGUCUGAACUACGUCCUUGUCUCUCUGUCUCUCUCUGUCGCAAACACACUCACACACAAUCGAUACAGAAUACAUUUAUGCAUGGUGCAAGAACUACCUGGUCAUUGUUUCUAAAACUGUGUCAACUUGCAUAUGUAUUUUAAUACACACUCACACGUCUUAACAGAACACCCAUACCAGACCUGUUGACCCUUUCUGUCUGCAUUAAAGUGGAAUGAGCUGGAGUGUAAUCCUCUGCUCCUUGUAUUUGCUCUGUCGAUUGGCUUAGUCCCCUGAUUCUUCUAUCAUAACCAUGGUGAUGGCUUUGUCUCUAUUCCAUCUAAGCAGUGCUCUGAGUGUUUUUUCUCCUGUCUCCGGGGACUUUAGUGGAUAAGUGGUUUAGAGAACUCAGGCAAGAAAAGAUGAAAUCUGACCAUUCUCUGCUUGAUGGUUUGGUAAAUCUGGUUUUGGAAGAUUGGUUUCUACACUGAAAGCUCUUUUCAAUUUCUUGUUGCGUCUUCUCUUGAAGUAAAUGUAUUGUUUGUUUUUUCACCUGCAUACCUGCAAAAAAUAUAAAAAAAAAUCUAUAUGUAUUAGAGUAAAAAUCUACAGUAUAUUUAUUUUGUAUCUUGUGAUAAAUAAAAGUGAAGUGAUGCAUCAG